AUGCAGCUUUUUAAUGUGCGAUAUUUGUUUUUACUCUUUGUAUGUGGAUCUCACCUCGAUAUACACAAUGUAAAAGCCGAUUGGCCAUCGCUGGAUUCCUCCAGCGUUCAACUACUAGGCCUUUUUUCAGAUGCCGCAAACGCCACUAACCCUAGCACGCUCACUAUUCAAGCACGUGCAAUGUUCAAAGCAGCAGUUUUACUUUCUCAGCAGUAUAACAUACGGAUUGAUGGAGAACUUAUCAACUGGCGAACAUCACUCACUGGCGGUAUUGGCAUCGAUGCACUUAGUAGUACUUGUCAUAUACUUUCUGAUUCCAAUAUUGUUGGUAUCGUCGGUCCCGCAUUAUCUCGAGAAACUACAAUAGUUGCUGAUUUUGCUGCUAAAAUAGGUAUACCAGUCGUAUCGUAUGCCGCAACUGCUCCUGAACUGUCCAGUAGAAAAGUAUAUCCUACUUUAUAUCGUACCAUUCCUUCGGAUUAUUCAGCUGCUUUGGCUAUAGUAAAACUGUUCAUACGAUUUAACUGGAAUAAAAGCGACAUUGUCUAUCAAAACGACGCAUUUGGAACGGGCGGUGCAAAAGUGAUCGAAGAAGCAUUCCUUGCGAACGGCUUGUCGAUCGAAAAUACAAUUGUAUAUGACAUCGGUUCAGGCGAUUUUAAAGGUGAUUUAAAAAAUACCUUAAGCAACAGUUCGUCACGAAUUAUAUUACUAUGGGCAACGUCGUCUGUUACAGAGAUCAUUCUACAAAAAGCUCUGUUUCACGAUAUACUCGGUCCGCGAUUUACAUGGAUACUGAGUACAAGUAUUUCAUUUGCUUCUUUCAAUCAAUCUUCCUAUUCAAAAUUAAUUGGCAUGUUAACAAUCGAGCCUGUCGUGGCAACAAUGGUCGGCGUAUCCGUGAAUAGAACUUUGUUAAAUGCUGCUUAUGACCUAUGGAAAACGUAUGAGCCAGAAACAUAUCCUGCAUCAUCUGAAAUCAAUUAUUAUGCAUUAUUUGCGUUUGAUGCUGCUUGGUUGUUGAUUCAAUCAUUAGGCAAAUUUUGUUCAGCAAAUAGCAAUAAUUUGUCAUCAUGUGUUUCACUUACAAAUCCAUCGGUAUGUUUUGAUCGGCGUUUCCUCAACUCGCGUUCGUUUCUUGAUACAAUCAAUAAUAUGAGUUUUCUGGGUGUAUCUGGUUUGCUGAAAUUUGAUUCUGGUGCAACAGAUCGGAUUAAUGGAAGUUACUAUUACGCACAGAAUGUCGAUACGUAUGCUGGUGGUAUCAAUUUCGUACCAGUCUUGGGCUAUUCGGAUGCGAAUGGCUGGGAAAGGUAUGCUGGGGCGAGUCCAAUCAUCUGGCCGGACGGGACAUUAACUAUCCCCUCUGGCAUUGCUAAACUGAAUGGCGUACAUUUAAGAAUUGGCGUCAUCGUAUCAGCGCCGUUUACAAUUCUUACUACAGUAACCGAUGAAUUAGGACGACCGAAACAAACAGUUACUGGUUACAUGCCUGAUCUUAUCGCCCUUCUGCAAGAUCGAAUGGGAUUUAUUCCGGAUAUUCAAAUAGCACCGACAAAUUUUAGCUAUACAACACUUAUUCAAGCAGUAGCAACCGGUCUAUACGAUAUUGUCGUUGGUGAUGUGACAGUUACAUCUUCUCGCAGAGAAAUUGUUGAUUUCAGCAAUGCUAUAUACGACAAUUCUCUGCGAAUUGUUAUGGCAAGAAAUAGCGAAACUAACGUUGACUUCCUAUCAUUCUUAAAGCCAUUUUCAAGUAACCUAUGGCUAAUGGCAUUAGCUGCUAUGAUCGUCGCCGGUGUCCUGUUCGCCAUAUUAGAAAGAUCAGAUAAUGAAAUCUUGCAACAACGAUCUACCAUUUCCUUGCUGACAAUGAGUGUAUGGUAUUCAUUCGGUAAUAUCGUUGGAUAUGGCGCAGAUUUCGAAGCGAGAACAGGUUCUGGACGUCUAAUAACUGCUGGUCUAUACUUGUUAAGUGUGGUAUUAGUCGUAUCGUAUACUGCAAAUUUAGCUUCGGAUUUGACCUUAUCCCGAUCGCGCUCAAUCAUAUCGGGACUCGACGAUGUUAAGAGCGGAAAAAUUCCCUUUAAUCGUAUUGGUAUUCGUGUUGGCUCAGCUAGUGAAGACUUUUACUUACGAGAAGUGUCAAAUGGCCGUCGAAAUUAUUAUGCGCUGAAAAACAAACCCGAAACGUAUGCAUGUUUGUUGAAUGGUAGUAUUGACUUAACAUUUAUGGACGUUGGUGUUGCUGAAUAUAUUACUAAUAACGUUUACUGUAGUUUAACAUUAGCUGGCGAAGAAUUUAACAAAGGCGUUAUGAGCAUUGUCACACCAAAACAAUGGAUAUAUAAACAAGAAUUGGAUAUCAAUAUCUUGGCGUUGAGAGAAGCUGGUCAAUUAGAUCGACUAAAAUCAAAAUGGGUUGAUGCAAAAGAUUGUCCUGCACCAUCUGAAAUAUCUACUGCAAUGGAAGUCGAAUCAAUGGUUGGCUUAUUCUUAGUGUUCGCAGUGAUCUGUCUCUUAUCGGUAUUACUAUCUAUUUGGAAAAAACGAAUGACUAUAUGGAACUACAUAUCUCGAAAUAGGAAGGGACCAAUAAUUCAACUUAAAAUCUGA